AUGGCGUCCUUAAAUCGCCGGCAAUUAUCCAGCUCGUCAAUGCUAUCCCUCGUGAUCCUCCCAUUCCUCGUAUUCCUCCUCAGCUUCGCUGGGCCAGCUUCUGCCGCCGGAUCGGCCGUCCUGGGUAUCGAUAUCGGCACGGAAUAUUUCAAGGCUGCUCUCGUGAAACCCGGCAUUCCCCUCGAGAUCGUCCUGACCAAAGAUUCUAAGCGCAAGGAGUCCGCUGCUAUCGCUUUCAAGCCUACAAGAGAGAGCGAUGCGCCUUUCCCCGAACGGUUCUAUGGUGGUGAUGCGCUCGCCCUCGCGGCUCGGUACCCGGAUGAUAUUUACAUCAACUUGAAGACUCUAUUGGGGGUUCAAUUCAACGAUGGACAGGAGGAGGCGGUCAAGAGCUAUUGGAGCCGGUUUCCUGCGUUGCAAUUAGAGACCGCCCCCGAUGGUCGUGGCUCUGUUGCUUUCCGUAGCAACCGGCUAGGAGAGGCACAGAAGAAGGAGGCAUUCUUGGUCGAGGAGAUUCUGGCAAUGCAGUUGAAGCAGAUCAAGGCUAAUGCUGAUGCGUUGGCUGGAAAGGGAUCCGAUGUUCGUGAUGUCGUCAUUACAUACCCUGUGUUCUACACCGCGGAGGAAAAGCGCAGCCUCGAGUUGGCGGCUGAGCUGGCGGGUCUGAAAAUCCAGGCUCUUGUCAGUGAUGGGUUGGCUGUCGGUUUGAACUACGCCACCAGCCGUACUUUCCCCAGCGUUUCUGAUGGCGAGAAGCCCGAAUACCACAUCGUGUAUGACAUGGGUGCUGGAUCUACCACCGCGAGUGUUUUGCGGUUCCAGAGCCGCAAGGUUAAGGAUAUCGGCAAGUUCAACAAGACUAUCCAGGAAGUUCACGUUGUUGGAUCUGGUUGGGACAAGUCACUUGGAGGCGACUCCCUGAACGACCUUAUUGUGAACGACAUGGUCACCCACUUGGUUGAGGACAAGAAGCUCAAGGGUAGAGUUACCACAGCUGAAAUCAAGGCACACGGAAAGACUAUGUCCAGACUCUGGAAGGAUUCGGAGAAGCUCCGACAGGUUCUGAGCGCUAACACCGAGACUUCGACAAGCUUUGAGGGACUGUACGAAGAUGAUGUCAACUUCAAGUACAAGCUGAGCCGCGCCAACUUUGAGAAGAUGGCUGCUGAGUAUGUCGCCCGCAUUGGGACACCGGUUGAGCAGGCUUUGACCGCAGCCGGCCUUCAAUUGAGCAAUAUCGAAUCUAUCGUGCUUCACGGUGGAGCCAUACGCACCCCGUUUGUCCAGAAGCAGUUGGAGAAUUUUGCCGGCUCUGCUAAGAAGAUCAGAACUAACGUCAACGCUGAUGAGGCGGCUGUGUUUGGUGCUGCCUUCAAAGGAGCUGCCCUGAGCCCUAGUUUCCGUGUUAAGGAUAUCCGCACUGGGGAUGCCGCUUCGUAUCCCAUCUCCUUGAAGUGGAACUCAGACGGGAAGCAAAGAAACCAAAAGCUGUUUACCGCCACCUCCCAGGUUGGUCCCGAGAAGCAAGUCACUGUGAAAAACCUGGAGGAUUUCGAAUUCAGCUUCGCCCAGCAGGUUACCCAGGAUAAAGAACAGCCUAUCCUCAGUGUCCAGACCCUGAACCUUACUGCGUCUGUUUCCAAGCUCAAGGAUACCUUUGGCUGCACCACUGCAAACAUUACCACGAAGUUCACGAUCCGUCUUAGCCCCGUGGACGGUCUUCCUGAAGUUGUGGCUGGAACCGUUAGCUGCGAGGUGGAAGCCGAGAAGAAGGGAAUUGUCGAAGAUGUCAAGGGCUUCUUCGGCCUUGGCAAGAAGGAGGAGCAGGAGCCCCUCGGCGAAGAUGGCGAACCACGUGAAUCGAUCACCCUCGAGCCCGAGACGGAGUCCUCCACUACAUCCUCCGGCAGCUCCAAGAGCACCACCACAUCCACCAAGAAUGCCAAGAAGGACUCAAAGAAAGACUCAAAGAAGGAUGCAAAGAAGGAUGCAAAGGCCACCCCGCAGGUCAAGCUUGAAGUCAUCCCGAUCAGCUUGAAGUCCGUGGCGCUUGGAACUCCGGCCCCAUCAGUCGCAGAGCUCAGUCGCAUUAACGGCCGCCUUCUUGCUUUCGACAAUUCCGACCGUGAGCGCAUCCUGCGCGAGGAGGCUCUCAAUGAAUUGGAAUCCUUCAUCUACCGUAGCCGAGACCUCGCCGAUAACGAGGAGUUCGUCAAGGCAGUCAAGCCGGAUCAGGUGACUGUUCUCUCUGAGAAAGUCUCCAAGGCCAGCGACUGGCUGUACGAAGAGAGCGACAAUGCGAAGACCGCCGAUUUCCAGUCGAAACUCAAGGAGCUGAAGAGCAUUGUUAACCCUGCACUGAAGCGGAUGAAGGAGAGCGCUACCCGUCCAGCACGCGUGCAGUUGCUCAAGGAGAUGCUUACCAACGCCGAGUCCAUGAAGGAAUUGAUCAAGAGCCAGAUCGACAACGACGAGCAGAUCUACUCGUCUUCCCUCUCAGCCUCAAGCGCCUCCUCCACCUCUACCUCCACUGAGACCAGCUCAGAGACCAGCUCAGAGACCCCAGCCGCUUCUGACGAGAGUCUUAAUGAUAUUGAUGAGGACCCAUACUCGUCUUCUUCUUCAUCAUCUUCUACCACAUCUACCACAUCUACCAAGAGUGCUGCUACGGCCAAGCCCACAGGCCCCAAGUACUCCCUCUUCACUCCUGCCGAUCUCACAGCCAUCACCCAGGCCUACGAGUCUACUAAGCCCUGGCUCGAUACCCAGCUCAGUUUGCAAGAGAAGCUUACUGAGUCUGAUGAUCCGGCUUUGACUGUUGUGGAGGUCGACUCGCGGCUGCGCGAGUUCGAGCGCAUCCUUAACCGCAUGUACGAGAGGAUGACUUCAGCCGCUGGCCAGCAGAAGAAGAGCGGCAGCAGCAGCAACGGCAAGAAGGCAACAAAGGAAAAGAAGAAGUCCGAGGCCGAGAAGAGCAAGGCCAAGGACAAGGAUCAGUCCAAGGAUCAACCGAAGGAUCAGCCCAAGGAGAAGGAGGAUCUUCCCAAAGAUGAGCUGUAA